AUGACUUAUGUUGCAAAGAAGUGUGGCAUUCGCUUUCAGCCUCCAUCCAUUAUCCUGAUCUAUGAAGAUGAAAACAAGAAUAGAGCACGCCAGCGCAUCAUGCCUAUCCGAAAUUUCUCCGAGUUCUCAGAUUGCAGCAGGGCUGCAGAACAGCUGAAGAAUAACCCUCGGCACCAGGCUUACCUACAAGGGGUCUCACUGCAGCAGCUGCAGAAAUUAUACAGUUUGCUAAGAGGCCACUUGCAGGGAAAGAGUUUGGCCCAGAGCUUGGAGCAGAUUCAGCAGGAAGAGACCAUUGACCCAGAGGAGGACCUGAACAAACUAGAUGACAAGGAACUGGCGAAAAGGAAGAGUAUCAUGGAUGAGCUUUUUGAAAAGAACAGGAAGAAGAAGGAUGACCCAGAUUUCACCUACAAUGUUGAGGUUGAAUUCCCACAAGUUGAGCAGCUGGAAUCCUGUGGCUGGGAUGCAGAGUCGGACAAUGAGUUCUGAUAAUGGACAAGGCCUCCUAAAUAAUCGGUAUGGA